AUGAAUUAUAUUUUAUCCUUCACUCAACAUAAACGCAAAUCUUCCAAAAAGGAUCAACUACUCGCAAAUCUUUCCAACAAUUCGCAAUUAUUCUCAAAAAAUGAUUUGUUAACAUCGACAAAUUUUCCUUCGAUCCACAUUUGUAAUCGUGAUGUUCGUGAUUUACCAUUAUCUCAAGGAAAUUCAAUUGAUUUUGAUCAUCUUCGUUCAUGUUCUAUUUUAACCAUAUCAGAUUUGAUUGGUCGAUAUUUAAUUCAUAAAACCAAAGAAGAUUUUCGAAGAUUUCUGAUUGAAAAAGUUCAAUGUAGCGAAUUGUUUGUUGACGAACUUGUUCAAUUGAUCGAUUCGUGGAUGUUUUAUAAUUUACAAGUUGGAAAAGAUUCACGAACCCAAAUACUUAAACAAUAUUUGUAA